AUGGGCUGGUCAAUGUGCGGACACUUAAUCGAAGCUGGAUACUCCAUCACUGUCUUCAACCGCACAAUCUCCAAAGCCCAGAGUCUUCUCUCCAUGGGUGCCAAGCUAGCCGACUCCCCAAACUCCCUCGCUUCCCAAUCAGACGUCGUCUUCCCCAUCGUCGGUUACCCUUCAGAUGUCCGGCACGUCAUCUUCGAUCCAAACUCCGGUGCUCUGUCCGGUCUAUCUCCGGGAGGCAUCCUCGUCGACAUGACUACCUCCGAGCCUUCUCUAGCCGAGGAGAUAUCCAAAGCCGCUUCCUUCAUCAACUGCUUCUCGAUCGAUGCUCCCGUCUCUGGAGGAGACCUCGAUGCUUAA